AUGGUUCAGGAAAAUUACAGCACAAUCACUGAGCUGGUCCUUCUUGGAUUUUCCAAUCACCCACAGGCUGAAGCCCCUCUCUUCUUUCUCUUCUCUCUGGUUUACCUGGUCAAUCUCUUUGGAAACACAGCAAUUAUUUUUUUGGUAGUAACUGAUUCCUGUCUCCAGACACCCAUGUAUUUUUUCCUCUGUCACUUGGCCUUUCUGAAUAUAUUUUACACCACAGCUGUGAUCCCCAAGAUGCUCUUCAACCUCCUUGCCUCCAAGAAAGUCAUCUCUUACAAAUUUUGCCUUGCCCAAACCUACAUCUCCCUGUUCAUGGGAGCGGCUGAGUGCAUUAUUCUGGCAGUCAUGGCUCUGGAUCGUUACGUGGCCAUUUGUUACCCUCUGCGGUACCUGCUCAUCAUGAACUGGGCUGUGUGUGUACAGCUAGCUGUGGGGGCCUGGGGCAUCAGCUUCUUUGCCUCUGUGGUGCCCCUUUGUGUCACAUUACCUCCCUUCUGUGGCCCUUACAUUAUUGAUCACAUUUUUUGUGAAGUACCUGUUCUUCUUCACAUGGUCUGUGGUGAUACAUCCCUGAAGGAGGUCAUGAUGGUGAUAGGAGCAUCAGGUACCCUCUUACUACCCUUUCUCCUCAUUAUCCUCUCUUACCUGCACAUACUGAUUGCCGUGAUGAGGAUGAACUCAGCUGAGGGUAGGAAAAAAGCUUUCGCUACCUGUAGCUCUCACCUGAUUGUGGUGACUAUUUAUUAUGGGACAGGGAUGUUCAUGUACAUGAGGCCCAAAUCCUUAUAUUCAGCUGAGGGUGAUAAAUUGAUUUCCUUGUUCUAUGCAGUCAUAAAUCCUGCUCUAAAUCCUCUCAUUUAUAGCCUGAGAAACACGGAGGUGAAAAGAGCCUGGAGGCGAGUCUUAGAGAGAUAG